AUGGAUGCUCAUCAUGAAAACUAUUUACCUAACCAUCCUAGAUUGUACAUGUGGCGACUACAAGACAAUAUUAAUGACUUUGAUAAGGGAGGAUUUGUGAAAUUCAAACUUUACAGAAAUUCGAAAUCACGACCGCUACCAGAAGAGAAAUUACGCAGCAAUGUUGAUGGCUAUGUGGACUAUUUACUUUACUGCUUCAGUCUGACUGGAAGUCUCGCCAACUUAACAAGAUUCCCGUACUUAGCAUACUCAAACAAUGGAUGCUCGUUUUUGGUCAAAUUCUUGAUACUGGUCGUGCUGAUCGGCAUCCCUUGGUGUUUCAUGGAAAUCGCCGUGGGACAGUAUUCUGGCAGAGGUCCGACAGCUAUAGGCGACAUGGUGCCCAUCGGCAAAGCCCCAUACAGUCUAGAUGUCUAUUUUACAUGUAUUGGUCACUGCCGAAAUCCGAUCAGCUACCAUGGAAGAAGUGCAUUUCCGCCAACGACACGUUGUGCUUACAAGACGACAGGAAACUGGGAUGCUGCAAGACUGUCGGCAUCGAUUUAA